GAUGUUUUGCUGUCAGUUGAACAAAAAAGGGUCUGUGGGUUGGUGUUUCGCGUUGGCAUCUUUUGCGGUGUUUUGUUAUGGUUUUGUGUGCGCAGAAGAGAAAACUUUAUAUUCCGCGUGUUAUUGAGCAUCAAUGUUUACCAUCUCCGAUUACGAUUAUGAGUGCACGAAAAAGUGUCGUCUAGUGAGCCAUGGAAAUGCAAUCACAGCCGCACUUACGAAACGCUCCAUUUCCGAUGAGUUGCUGGCCGCGUACAUUGCCAAAACAUGUCGCAAUUUUGCGCACGUCGUCGAUGAGUAUGGUCGAUCGGCACUGCAUAUGGCCGCAUCGGUUGGUCGGUCUGCCAUCGUCGAGUGGUUAAUAAAUCAGGGUGCCUGUCUAACGCAAAAGGAUCUCGAAUCGGGGCACACCGCAUUGCACCGGGCUAUGUACUAUGGCAGUAUCGGGUCUGCUGUUGUUCUUGUGAAGCAUGGAGCGCCGCUCGAUGCUCCGGAUGAAGAUUUUGUUAAUCCCAUGCAGCUAUGUAGCAAUGUGUCGGAACAGCGCGCCAGUGCAAGCGACGAGCGCAGUGUUGCGCUUGGACCGGAGCUAAUGAUCUGGGGACAAAACAAAAACUACAACUUGGGUAUCGGGAAUGCGCAAGACAAGUGUAAUCCCGAAAGUAUGGAGUAUUUCCGCAAAACCCGCACUACAAUCCGGAAGCUGGACAUCAGCUCAUACCACAGCGUGUUCUUGACGCACAAAAUGGGUGAACUGUUCGUUGCCGGUCACGGUGUAGGUGGCCGGCUCGGUCUCGGCAUGGAGGACACUAUCGCGUACCCGAUGAAGGUGCCCGUCCCACUGAAAGAUGACGAACGGAUAACAGAUGUGACCGCGGCCAAACACCACACGCUCAUCCUCACCGAUAGUAAUCAUAUUUACGCUUGCGGAGAGAAUAAACACUGCCAACUAGGACUUAAACCACCGCCACCGAAUCUACUGACAUUCAAGGAAAUUACGGGUCAAUCUAGCUUAUCAGGGAAAACAAUCAAUCGAGUCAUAGCGAAGGACUAUCAUUCGAUCGCUGUGCUGGACGCGGACAUCUACGUGUGGGGUCUGAAUGGUGGUCAGUUCGGUCUGAAACGGGAUUCCGGCAGUGACAUGAUCGUGCUGCCCAAGCCAAUGCCACUUAUACCGGAGAGAUCAACGCUCAAAGAUGAUAGUAGUGCGGUAAAGCGUGACACAACGAUCAAGCUGAUCGAGUCCAGCAAUGCGGCUAUUGUUGUGUACACGAUGAAACAUUUUCUCCACAUUUUUAGUGGCUUCAAAGUGAAAACGUACAAAAAACCAUUAUUAGAAAAAAUAGAAUGCCUCUCGGUAACCGGUGGUGAGUUGCAAACCGGUCAGGACGAUGUGGUGAAGCGUUCUGGGGAUUUGCGAGUAAUCGUAUUUACAGCAUCGCGCAACAUCUACAUCUGGUACGAAGAUUGUCAACAAUUUGUGCGCUGUGUAUUUGCCCAAUCGCGCAACCUGGAGGUAGAAAAGGUACGGUGGUGUUCGCAACAGCACGCUCUGGUUCUAUUACUCGGCAAUCUGUACCAGGGCAUCAUAACCAACAAGCUACCACGAUCGGCAAAGCACCAGUACAGCGAGUUUAAGGAAACAUACAUCCGUAAGGAACUGUGCGAUACGCUACAAAGCCGCAUAGAACUACGGCGUGUACGGAACUUAAGCAACGUGGUCGACUUUACGUGCGACGCUGAGGGAGAAAAUUACGCCGCUUUGGUGGAAAAUACGCGUCGCUGCUUUUGCAUCCCGGAGUUGGUCGAAUCGAACUACGACUACGGAACACUGCUGGCAGACGCGACCGAAAUGGACGGCGUGCACGAUGUGGUGUUGUACGUGGAACAUGAACCAUUUGCUAGCCAUCGAUUCAUCCUGUAUCAUCGAUCGGACUCUCUACGGAAAUUGUUACAACAAUUUCCAACAGAGAAAGAAUUCGUAUUGAACGACCAUGGUUUUGAAAGUAUCACGAUAGGAGCGUUCCGAUUAAUCAUGCGUUACUUUUACACGAAUCAAGUCAUCGCACGUGCCGAUGUUGACCGGAUGCUGAGAAAACCAGGCACGGGUGAGAUCGGAAGCAACGUUGAUCUUUCGCAAUUAAAAACCUUGUGCAAGAAACUGAAAGAACAGAUCGAUAAGUUUGAUCUGCCUGUCUUAUCGAACUCAGUUAAAAAAUUGCAGGAUGAACCUUCCAUCGAACCCUUUCCGAAGUUGCGUCUCGAUUCUUACCCAGAGCUGUACGACAUAACGAUCGAGCUGCAAGAUGACAAGAAGCUGCGGGCGCACAAGUGUGUGUUAGUUGCCAGACUCGACUAUUUCAACAUGAUGUUUGCCCAUUGCUGGACUGAAAAGCGCACAACAGCCGACCUAAGAACAGUACCUCGCGAAUACAUGGACGUUAUUAUACCCUUCCUGUACGAUAACGAUUACAGUCGCGUCCGAAGGCAGCGUUACUCGGAAAAUUUUAUAUUGAGCAUGAUUAUCAUCUGCGACCAGUUUCUGAUAGAAGAGCUGAAGAGUAUAUUUGAAACGAUCCUCAGCCAAAGGGUGCACCUAAGGAAUGUGGGCGAAUUGCUCGAAUUCGCCUAUCAGUACAACUGUGAGGUGCUAAAGAGCGUUUGUAUGCAGUUCGUCAGCGUAAACUUUGCCCGAUUGCUCGAGUGGCGUCUGCUGGAUGGGCUAGAUCCGACCAUGCUGGCGCAGAUCGAUAGCUUCUACAAGGAAUUCUUUCGCCUCUCUGAGUACCGCAUGAUAACUCCUUUCGCAGAUGCGAUUGGUGACGAAGAACUGGAAAAGUUUGUUAGUGACUUUCGAGUUGAUCUCGAGCAGAAAGCAACCGAUCAGAUGAAUGCAUCCGACCGCCCAAACAUGAAACAUAUCCCGAAAACAAAACAGCCAAAUAUGCCGGCGCUUUCAAAGCUGCAGCGAGAAAAGCGUAACUAUGAAAAGGAAGCAAUGGCGUAUUUGGAACGAUUAGUGCUGGAAGAAGCGGCCGCAGUGAAGGAACGUAAAAUUUCGGCCAGCAAAACUGCGAACGCUGCUAGCUUCAGUUCACCAAUCGCGAAGGUUGAUAGUAUUCUUGAUCGUUCCGUGAUAAACGAUCCGGUCGGGAACAAAUCGUGGCAAACGGUGUCUGCGGAUUCGAAAAGAAAAACUGCACUUUCCGCAGCAUUGCGUGCGAAUGAGGUGAUGAAGGAGGAAGCAAAACAACCAGCAAAUGAAAGUUUCUCCAACCUUCGGACGGUGUUAGAACGUAGCCCUACGGCGCCCCAGUUGGUACCGCUGCGAUCACCCGAUGAAGGGUAUGAAUCGUCCAGUAAUGUUGCACGGUCGGCUACAAUUAAUUUGAGUGACUUUACCUUGACUGAUGGACGGCUAUCGCAAAAAGAGCGUAAACGUCUUAAUUCCGAAAAGUCCAAAAUGGCUAAAUCAUCGCAUCAAGAGAUAAACGGUCAAGGGCAAGCAUCGGACACUACUUUACCUGCUCCGGUUAACCCGUGGAAAAAUGUGGAGAACGUACCGGUCGUGGAUCUGUUCAAAGUUGAAGAAUCAUCGCCAGGAUCGAAUGCUACAGCAUCUGGUCGUAGGCAGCGGAAAAGUAGUACAAACGAGCAAAGUAAACACUCGAGGGCCGAUUCUGAUGCGUUUGGUUCGCCUUCGACUAGUAACACAGCCGGACAGAACGGUUCAACCGUCCUCAUCAAGUCACGAGAGCGGAAAUCUAGCUCUCGGUAUAGCGGUGGUGAGAAAGAUUUCAACGAAAUCUUGGAAGACGAACGUCGCCAAAAGCGGUACUUUGAAAAGAUCAAAUCGAAAUCACUAAUUCAGACUCAAAUCGAGGAACGAGCUAUUGAAGAACUGCGUGCCUUCUACAACGUGGAGCAUGUGUUCGAUGAAAGUAUCACGAUCGAGCGUUACCGACCACCACUGCUGGAAAAUGGUCCUAACUUUGCAGUGUGGCAAUAUCAGUAA